AUGAGCGUGGCUGAAGUGGGCGAGGAAGAGGACAAGGAGCUCGUGCACGAAGCAGAGGAUAUGGCAGAGAGGCGCCACCAUAAUGAACGCGGCACCACUCCUGCAACUACUAUUUGGGAGCGGCAUCAGGCCCAUUGCCACCAGCAUUGCCUGCGCCUGUACAUGGGCCAGCAGCGCCAGCCGGGAUUGCAGAGCAGCCACCAAAAUGUCAGGGUUGCCUGCAGCAACGAUACAGCAACAGCAACAGCAACGACAGCAACGACGACACAGCUGCGAUGGCAGCAGAAGCAGCGGCAGCAUGGUGUGGUGCAUGACAGGAGCGAUGGUGUGGAGAGGAAGAGAGGUGGUGUGAUCGGAGGUGCUGCGUUCGAAGAGGGUUUCGAUGGCGGUGAUGUGAUCGACGUGGACGGACACAAUUGUGAUGAUACGGGCGAGCCGCAGCAGCCACACUGGCCACAACAACAACAACAACAACAACAACAACAACAACAACAACAACAACAACAACAACAACAACAACAACAACAACAACAACAACAACAACAACAACAACAACAACAACAACAGCAACAACAACAACAACAACAACAACAACAACAACAACAACAACAACAACAACAACAACAACAACAACAACAACAACAGCAACAACAACAACAGCAACAACAACUGCAGCAGCCACACUUGCAACAGCAGUUGCAGUUGCUGCCACAAGUGCACCAUACCGUCGCUCAGCAUGUGUCGCUGAACAAUCAAUUUUUGCAUCAUCACAAGCAACUGCAGAUACAGCAACAACACAACCACCAGCAGGUCCAGCAACAGCAGCACUCGGCAUCGUGGCAGUUUGCACUGCACGAUGCCCAAGACAUUACCGUUGCCUCGACGACACAACAAGCUGUCCUCCCACCCUCUCGUCCACCACAUCGCAAGGACCCAACCUCUGACAUGUUCCUGCACACACCAAACAACGUCAUCUUCUUUGUGCUCAUGAACGUGACAAGCACCGCUGCUAUGGUCAACGCCAUGGAGAAAGCCCAGGAUGGGGCGUGCGCUGCGCACCACGCUUCAUAUGGGGUGGCAGACACACCUUCAAAGAUGAGCCUGUUACACAGCAAUGCUUCGCUCAAAGCGAGUCAAAUUGGCAACAUUCGAUAG